UUGAGCAGUGCGUGUCUUGCGAUGUUAUCGGCUCCGCGUCAUGUUAACACACCAGCUCGAAUUUAAUUACUGUUUUAUUAAUUCACAACGGCGAUAACGCGUUAGAUCCCGAUUUGGAUGGGUGUGAUGGUGAUGUGACAGUGAAACGGCCACAAUGGAUAGCUACGGGCCGAGGCCGCCACCCCUGCCGAGGAGGGUGCGAAACAUAUAUGCGGAACCUUUUUCGCACGAGCCGAGGCUGGCGCCCGGGCUGCAGCAGACACAGCUCUCGCAGCAGAUUCCUGCCAGCAGUACGACCCUGCAAGGGGGCCCUCAACAGUCGCCGCUGGUGAUGCCGGUGUUCCCUCUACGACCGGCCCAGUCGACUCAUCCUCCGCAUUAUUCGCCGUACUCCCCGUCCAGGUUCCACAUCGACAAGAGAUGCCAACACCGAUGCUCCUGGAAAUGUCUCAGCAUCGGGCUCAUCCUCCUGGCUGUGGCCCUCACCGCCAUGUUGGCGUAUUUCGCAGCGGUGAGUUCAAUGAAACCCAACAUGGACUCAUCAAACUGCAUUCUUGUGCAAGAUGUUAAGGAUGUCACCCAUGACCAGAUGACGCAGGGUUCCGUCUCGACUCAAAUGCCGACCGAAGAAUCCCUCCCCACGAGUACGGCGGAGCACUCCAGUGCAACAACCCAACACAGUUCACUCCAACCGCCCCAACAGCGCAGCCAACCACAAACGCAGUACCCACCACUGCCCCUCGAACAGCGCGAAUUCAACACUCUCCACACCGUCACGAUACCCCCAUCGCAAUUCUGGAAUUCAGAAUUCCGAAACAAGCAACCGGCUUUCAUUCGGUUUAAUUUCACGCUGCCUUGGGGGGCAAAUUUUGCGGUUUACGGGAGGAGAAACGUGGCCCCCAGUGUGACUCAGUACGAUUUUGUGGAGUUCAUUAAAGGGGGGCGACUGGACCAUAGGCUGAGACGGAAAAGGGCCACUGAGGAGAAGGAACAAGAAGGGGUGUCACAUCCACAGUUCCGGUUUGGCUACGAGAAUAAGAAUUUGCACCGAACCGACGUUUUGGAUAGUAUCUCGAGUUCGUAUGAAGGGACUCGGAAAAUUUUAGCCGACUCUGAGCCCAAAGGGCCGUUCUAUGUUCCUCACAAUAUCAAGCUGAGUUAUGAGGACUUAUCGACGGAUUUGCCCCAUCCCACUCUCGACCUGGGGUUGGGUAUCGACGAGCACGUGAUUGCGAAAAGGGAAGCCGAUAUGGAGCCGAUGCUGGUGAAUGUCAGCCUCCUCCAAUACUUGGACACGGGCCGCUGGUUCCUGUCGGUCUAUAACGACGAAUUGCAGCCGCACAGCGUAUCUCUGAUCAUUUCAGAAGCGGAAGGUGUGAGCACGACUUGUCCUAACGACUGUUCGGGCCGCGGCUCCUGCUACCUGGGCAAGUGCGAUUGCAUCGACGGCUUUCAAGGGAUCGACUGCUCCAAGAGUGUGUGCCCCGUCCUGUGCUCCGGCCACGGGCAAUACGGCGGUGGCUUGUGCCACUGCGAGGAGGGCUGGAAAGGCGCCGAAUGCGACAUCCCCGAGAGCGACUGCCGCGUGGCCGAUUGCUCCGGACACGGCCAGUGCGUCCGGGGCUCCUGCCACUGCAAACCGGGCUGGAAAGGCGAGACUUGCGACGAGCCCGACUGCGAAGACCCCACCUGCUCCGAGCACGGGGCUUGUGUCCACGGGCAGUGCUACUGCAAGGCCGGCUGGAAAGGUCCCCGAUGCGACGUCAUCGACGAGCAAGUCCAUAAAUGCCUCCCCACGUGCUCCGACCACGGAGUGUACGACCUGGAAAGCGCCAAGUGUGUUUGCAACAGACACUGGACAGGACCCGACUGCUCCCAAGCCCUUUGUAAUUUGGAUUGUGGGUCUCAUGGGCGGUGCGAUUCCGGGAAAUGUCGGUGCGAUGUGGGAUGGACGGGUCCUCGCUGCGAGCAAUUGCCUUGUGAUCCCAGAUGCCAGGAACAUGGACAGUGCAGGAAUGGAACGUGCGUGUGCUCGCAAGGGUGGAACGGCCGGCAUUGUACCCUUCCCGGGUGCGAAAACGGCUGUUCCGGACACGGCCAAUGCACCCUUGAAGAAGGCCUCUACAAAUGUGUGUGCAUCAAGGGCUGGGCCGGCUCUGACUGCAGCAUUCCCCUGGAAAUGGAAUGCGACGACGACGUCGACAACGACCACGAUGGAAUGACGGACUGCUCCGAUAGCGAAUGCUGCACUCACCCGUCGUGCUCGGACCACAUAAUGUGUCUCUCCAGCAACGAUCCUGUGGAAGUUCUUCUUCGAAAACAGCCGCCUUCGGUGACGGCGUCGUUCUACCAACGAGUGAAGUUUCUCAUCGAGGAAAACUCGGUCCAGUCGUACUCGCACAUGGACGAAUACACCGAGAGCGAGUUCUGGAAUUCCUUUACACCGCGCCGUGUAGCAGUAAUGAGAGGUCAAGUUGUUACACCUCAAGGACUUGGAAUUGUCGGGAUAAGAGUCUCGGUCGAUAGGGAAUCGAGGUUCGGAUUCACUUUAACCAGACAAGGGGGAUGGUUUGACGUGUUGGUGAACGGCGGCGGCGCAGUCACUCUCCAAUUCCAACGUUCACCAUUUAAACCACUAACACGCACGGUUUUCGUACCAUGGAACCAAAUUGUGGUUCUACCCCCCGUCCAUAUGCAACUCAACGAGGAUUCAGAUACUUCCACCCUCCAGAACAGUUUUCUAAGUCGCAACCCUGCUAUAAACUUUCCGGGGGUUUCUCGCUCGUUGUUUACUCCCAAUGGAGUUCUACCGGCUUCAUGUGAGGACCACGACCCGGAGGUACUAAAACCGGUUAUAACCGGAACUUGGAUGCCAGAAGCGGUGGGAGGAUUGCCUGGCCGGAGCGUUAUUUUUGCUGAAACGCAAAUUGUGCAAGAGUCUAUUCCCAUUCCAGGGUCGGACUUGCAUUUGAUGUAUCAAAGUUCUCAAGCCACCGGUUAUCUGAGUACUAUUUACAUGAGAUUAACCGGGAGGUCAAUCCCGAAGACGUUGACCCAUGUACAUGUCAGAGUUGAGGUAGAGGGUUCCUUACAUGUUAAAACUUACGAAGCAGAUCCGGACUUGUUGCAUAUUUUUGCCUGGAAUAAACGCAAUGUUUAUAAGCAGAAAGUGUAUGGGAUUGCACAAGCCAAGGUUUCGAUCGGGUAUCAGCACUCGAGUUGCCCUGAACCAAUCUGGGAGACCCAAACGGCCGAUUUGAAGGGCUUUGAUGUCGAUAUUUCGGAUAUCGGAGGUUGGGGAUUGGAUAUCCACCACCAUUAUAACUUCCAUGAGGGAAUUUUGCAAAAGGGGGAUGGCUCGACCUUACAUUUCAAGCAGUAUCCGAGGACAGUAAAUGUUGUCAUGGGGACUGGCCUCCAGAGGUCGCUUGAUUGUCCGGGUCAAUGCGGAGGACCGGCCAAAGACGCUAAAUUGUUAACACCAGGAUCGCUAGCUAGUGGUCCCGAUGGGAGUAUCUACGUCGGUGAUUUCAAUCUAGUCAGAAGAAUUACUCCCGAAGGAAAUGUCUACACUGUGCUCCAACUAAGGGCCACACAAGUCGCUUAUCAAUACUACCUGACCAUAUCACCGGCUGAUGGCCACUUGUAUGUCUCCGAUCCAGAAAAACAUCAAAUUCUGAAAGUAUUGUCUCUGGAGCCGGUUCAAGACCCGAGUAUUAACAGCGAACCUGUGGUCGGCAACGGAGAGAGGUGUAUACCAGGGGACGAUAGCCAGUGUGGGGAUGAAGCACCGGCCAAAUACGCAAGACUUGCCCACCCCAAAGGACUGGCAAUUGCCGCCGACAAAACCAUGUAUAUCGCCGAUGGGACAAACAUAAGAGCUGUGGAUCCUAAAGGGAUUAUCCACACGCUUAUCGGCAAUCACGGCCACCAUAAUCACUGGAGCCCCAUUCCCUGCCAUGGGGCCCUAGCCGCCAGUCAGGCGCAACUGCAGUGGCCAACGGGGCUAGCCCUCAGCCCCCUCGACGGUUCCCUCCACUUCGUCGACGACCGGCUCGUGCUUAAACUCACUGCCGACAUGAAAAUUAAAGUCGUAGCCGGCACGCCUCUCCAUUGCCACCGCGAAGACAAUACCACCAAACCUCAAACCGACGACGUCCUCGGCACGGUUCUCGCGCUCGCAUUUUCACCCAACGGCGAUUUCUACAUCGCUGAAUCCGAUACGCGCAAAGUCAAUUAUAUCCGACUGAUCGACUCCUCGGGGAAAAUCACACAUUUCGCUGGGAAAAUCCAAGACCGGAUUCGAAACAAUUGCGAUUGCGCCGUCAACGCCACUACGGUGAGUCCGCGAGGGAAUGACCCACCCCCGGCAUGUAUUUGUGGAAAUACUGAUGAGACGACGAGCAAUGCGGAGACGCUUUUGUCAUCGAAUGCCCGAUUUCAAGCCAUUUCGGCGUUGACGGUGUCGCCGGGAGGGGUGCUCCAUGUGGCCGAUCAAGGGUCGUUACAUAUUCUAGCCUUGCAGCAUUAUCUACCAACGCAUGAUGAAAAUGGGGAGUUUAGGAUUCCGUACCCGGCGGCAGGAGAGAUUUAUGUUUUUAAUCGGUAUGGCCAACAUGUGGCGACCAAAGAUUUAGCAAGUGAUAAAACACGAUACUCGUUCCUAUAUUCCAAAAAUACGAGUUUUGGGAAAUUGUCGACAGUCACCGAUAGUUCUGGCAAUAAAAUACAGUUUUUGCGAGAUUACAGUAACGCCGUGAGUUCAAUUGAAAACACUCAAGACCACAAAUCCGAACUCAAAAUUUCCGGUGUUGGUUAUUUGGUGAAGUUGUCGGAGAAAGGCCGUUCUGAGAUUGAAUUAGACUACGAUAUGAACUCCGGGCUUUUAACAAGUCGGUCUGGUGGUGGCGAAACCUUUGUCUAUCAAUACGAUUGGAUUGGACGAGCUACUGGUGUUAUCCUAUCAAGUGGUGAAACCCUCGAACUCACGUCAAAAAUUGCGGAAAACGAGGGUUUGAAAAUCACAAUUUCCAAACCCCCAACUCAGCUUACCGUCACAGGAAAAGCUAAUAAGAAGGUCAUAAUGAUUGACAAUUCCGAAGUGACCGAAGCUGUAACGUUGACUAACUCUACAGUUUCGGUACUUUCAGCCUGGGGAGGCCGAAUGGAGAUCACUGCUGUAGCAAGACAUCCUUUGUUAGAAGCCUCACUUCCUGUCGAAGCCGAAAUGUUGCCAGUUUGGUCGGAACAAAGCACGAUUUUCGGUGAAGGCAUUCGAAACUUCAUGUCGACAAAAUUCAGUCUAGUUGGUGACGUUCGGAACCCACAACAAACCCUAAACCGAGAGAUUUACGUCAAUGGGACGAAAAUUCUAGGAAUUGAGUUUGACCAAUUCACGAGUCGGGAGGUGUUCUACGACCAUGAUAAACUGCCACUAUUGACAAUAACCUACGACCCGGCUGGGUUACCUUUAGCUUAUAUUCCCCACAACGGGGCUGAUACCCUCAACAUAUCAUACGAUACGUUCAAUAGAAUCGAUGCUUGGAAGUGGGGGAACAGCGAGUUGAAGUAUAGUUACGACAGACAUGGGCUUUUAUCAGAGAUAACAAGCACACUAGACGGAACACAAAUCUUCACCUACAACGACUGGAACAUGUUAUCAAAAAUCACUCUUGCGAGUCAGAGGAGUUUCUCCUUGUCUUAUGACGAUGAUGGUGGGUUACGUCACGUAAUAUUGCCAAGCGGGACCAGACACUCUUUCAGUUUGCAACCCUCUUUGGGCUUCUUCCGUGUCACAUACACACCUCCAGGAAGCCUCCGCGCUUACUUACAACACUUCUCUCACUCCGGGCAGCUCCUCCAAACUGUUUUCCCCGGUGAAGGAGCACGAGUAGUCUACCGGUACAACACCAAUGGACGAUUAAGUGAAGUCGUCCAUGGUGAUGGUAAAACUUUGUACCACUACUCAGAAACCUCAGGUUUACCAAGUCAAAUAUCACACGUCGAGCCCGAUUUGGAAUAUCGCUGGGACUAUCAAUACAUCGGAGGGCUUUUAAUGGAAGAAAGAAUCGAUUUUGGUGCCAAAACCGGUCUCAGUAACGCGAAAUUUACCUACGACUAUGACAAUAAUUACCGACUUAUCGGAGCACAGGGCCGAAUCGGAGGACAAAACCUCCCCCAAUACAGUCUAGCGCACAACCCCAAAACCGGGGCUCUGGACAUGAUCGGAGCUUUCAAAAUAAAUAAACCGAAAAGUAACGAAACGCAAGUUUAUGACGGCACGGCCUUGUUUUCACGAAGUGUCAAUUCACGGUUUCUUGAAACGCAAGUGGCUUUGACUAUACAUGGCAUGGAAGUGUUCAGGAUGGAGUUUAAUCAUGACAUGCACGGGAGGAUUUCCCAGACGAGGACUUACACGAGGAAUGUGGGAGUUAAUCCCUAUACAAACAUAAAGAACUAUACUUGGGACUGCGACGGACAACUUUUAGGAGUGGAAGCGCAGGAGCCUUGGGGGUUCAGAUAUGACGAUAAUGGGAACAUGUUGUCGCUGACUUACAGGGGUAAUACUAUUCCUAUGGAGUAUAACCCGAUGGAUAGAAUUAUCAAAUUUGGGGAAGGACAAUACAAGUACGACAGUCGAGGAUUGGUUGUACAGAAUGCAAGGGAGGAGAAGUUUCAUUAUAAUGCAAAAGGGCUACUGGUUAGGGCAACCAAGAGGGGGCGCUUUGAUGUGCGAUACUUCUACGAUCAUCUUGACAGAUUGUCAGCUCGUAAGGACAAUUACGGCAACGUCACCCAAUUCUUCUACAAUAACGAAUACCGCCCUCGCGAAGUCAGCCAAAUCUACUCUCCCCGAGACGGAAAACUCAUGUCACUGGUUUAUGAUGACAGGGGACACCUGAUUUACGCCCAAGUUUACAGACAUAAGUACUACGUCGCCACGGAUCAGUGUGGUACCCCUGUCAUGAUUUUCAACCAGUAUGGGGAAGGGAUAAGGGAGAUAAUGCGGUCACCUUAUGGACACAUUGUGUACGAUUCCAACCCGUAUUUGUAUUUACCCGUGGACUUUUGUGGCGGCUUAUUGGACCAGGUGACCUCAUUGGUGCACAUGCCAAAUGGGAAGGUCUACGACCCGCUGAUUGGACAGUGGAUGUCGCCGCUGUGGGAAGAUGUUCUCGAAAGGGUUGCUACGCCAACACAGUUGCACCUGUACCGGUUUAACGGAAAUGACCCCAUUAACAUGGGUGUGAAGCGGGACAAACCAACAGAUCAUUUGGACUGGUUGGAGAAACUUGGAUACAAUUUGCAAAACCUCGCCCCCCAACUCUUCCCUGACGCUCUUCCCGGCGGUCGCAUGCCGCCGCUUCUCACCCAUCCGGCUACCUUCUGGAAUCCGUCCAAAGAGACCCUCAGCAGCCAAUUAACGAUGCACGCGUCAUCCACCGACAUCCAAUCAGGCUUCCUCGCACAUCUCAACACCCGCAAAAUGACCACUGCAAAAGAUCUCUCGGCCCCCUCGAAGUCGGCACUGAAAACCGAUGUUAUGGAUCUUGUACCGAAGAAAAUCGGCGCCGCCUCUGAUCCUCCUUUCGGGCGAGGCAUCCUAGUCUCCAAAUCCAGUCAAGACCAAGCGAUAGUUUCGAGUGUACCGGCGGCUAACGCCAUCUACCGAGAUGUGUACACUUCAGUCUUUAACCGGUCGUAUUUGCUUCCAUUUACCUUUGUGGUACAUAGUGCCCAACAAGACGCGUUCUAUUUUGUUAAAGAAGAAACAUGGAAGGCUAAUGAUGAUAAAGGGCAAUUGAAGCGGUUGCAAGGGCAGGUCAAUACAACAUUCCAUGAAAUUGCCAAAGAAAAUGGAAGCGGAAAUAACUAUUUCGAUGUGAAGAUACAUGGAGCCAAUGCUGUGGUGAAUUUGAGGUACGGUACGACUGUAGAGAAGGAAAAGCAACGAUUACUGCACCAUGCGAAAUUGUCAGCGAUACGUAAAGCGUGGCAUAAAGAAAAGGAAGCUUUGAAAAGCGGAUUUUCUGGUACCGUUGAAUGGACAUCUGGUGAAGUUGAAGAAUUGUUGAAGUUGGGAUACGUCUCAAAUUAUGAAGGGGAUUACAUCCAUGACAUUUUAUUGUACCCCGAACUGGCCGAAGACCCUUACAAUGUGAAAUUUACGAAAAAACAAAACGAAUCAAAGAAACGAAGAAGGAAAAGGGAAAUGAAAUGUCAAGAGCGUUGGUGGUUUUCGUGGAGCGAUUUAUGCUAGUGACUAAGUGAAACAAUAUUCAAUUAACUAAGUGUGAUGUACCAAGCUUACAUGAAUAAUGUGAGACAUUUUAUACCAAUACCAAAGUCUAUUUGUGUAUGUACUUCAAAGAUGCCAAAAUGUAUAUUAUUUAUUUACGAUAUGUUACCUAUAUGUAUGUGAUUUAAGCAUCGGUGCGUGUCGAUCAGCCGAUUUUUUUUACCUACUUUUUGAAAUAUUGACUGACUUGCGGUCGAGUCGCAUCGAUUAUGUAAAUACUUGCAACUAAUAGAUAUUUUAAAUGAGAAAAAAUACGUGAAACGGAACAGCAUAGAUACAAAAAACGGUAUUAUAAUACAAUUAGAGCUUUAAUAGCCCGAGAUUCGAACGAUGAGCCAUUAGACAGAGGUAUCAGAAAAUUGUAAAUAUAGUCCAGUUAUUACCUUUUUAAUAAUUUUAAAAUUAAAUGAACGAAUUUAUCUUAGAUAGGCAAAGAAAAAUGAAAAAAUCCUUGAUAUGUAUGUUGUGUUGCUUUACUUAAUAAUUAUAAGAUAUCAUUGUGACUGAUCUAUGUUCAUGAUAGUAAAGCAAGAAACCUUAUCCGCUAUGUACCUUGCAGUCUUCUCACCACAUUUCACCAAAAACUGAAUUUUGUUACCAAACAAGGAAUAUAAAAAUAUAUAUUUUUACUCCGCCUGCCAGUGUAGUAUAUUUUGUGUGCUGUUGUUAUUAUUGGAUAUAUUUCAACACAAAAUGUACUAAUUUAAUGUCGAUAUAUGUUGUCAGACUGUCAUUCGCUGGGAUAUUAUUGUGUUAAAACCGAUGCUGUUCAUUAUACACUCGAUUUUUAUUCAAAUAUUUAUUUGUACAGUUGCUUUAUUUGUCCAUCGCUAAAUUUAUAUUUUCAUUUAAUGGAAUCAUCUAAGUAUUAUAAAUGUUUUUGAAAUAAAGAAAUUGUUUUUUAAA